AUGGACUACAAGGACGAGGACUCCCUGGACCGGAUGCUGAGCUCCGCCUCCCUGCCCCCCUUCUGCUCCGCGGAGCUGGACGACCUGCUGAAGCUCUUCAGCCCGGGGCAGCCGGGCCGAUCGGCCGGCGAGGGCGUGGCGGCCGCCACCCCCUUCGCGCACUCCACCCCCCCUGUGCCCUCCCCAAAUGCUGUGGCCAUCGCCCACGGCCUCCCCCCCACGAUGCCCCCCUCCCCCCCGCCCCUGCUUGGCGGCCCCGCGGACGGAACCGUUCCAUCACGGAGCGCAUCCUGGGCGGGUACCACUGUGAAUCAAGCCAUGGCCCAGCCGGGGCUGUUGCACUUUUCAUCUGCGGGUGCGUCUGCCAUGAUGGGCCCGCAUUUUGGACAGCGCCCAGGGGACACUGUCAGCAACGGCACGGACGGGUCCCACCCGGCCGUGUACUCGGGUGGGUCCCUGGUGGAGGGCCAGUGCAGCACGGGGGGGUCCAGCGGGAAACAGGAGCAGCAUGAAGAUGGCCUGGAGGGCCCGGGGAGCAUCUCCUUCAGGCCCGAUGCGCAGAUGUUCAUCUCCGGAGCGCCAUUUGUGUUCCGCAGCACCGUUGGGAAACAGGACGUCAAAGGGGAGGAAAAUGAGGGGGCGGGUGCGGAGCCAGGACCAGGCGCCCCGCCGCAAGCCACUGCCAACAGGAGGCUCGAGGCGCGGAAGGAGCGGAACAGGCGGGCACAGAGGACGUUCCGGCAGCGGCAGAAGCACAAGAUGCAGGACCUGGAGGCGGAGGUGGCAGAGCUGUCGGACCUCAUGAACUCCCUGAAGACCAGCAACGCAUCUCUCAGCUCCAAUGUUAGCCUGCUUAACAAGGUCCUUGAAGUCCGUGACGAGCAGCUGCUGGACAUGCAGCGCAAGGAAGAUGAGGCCGAUAGGCUCCGUGACGAGACAAUGGCAGCCAGGGAAGGACUGAAGCAACUGUGCAAGGAGGGGCCUAUGUACCUCUCUUCUUACCUGCAGAAUGGGCAACCCGUGCGCAUGACGGAGACAUUCGCUUCGCACAUGACUCCAAAGAUCGCGCACAACAUCUGGAUGGUGUAUGGCAGGGAGGUGUCCGAGUGCAUCAAACUGCUCUCACCCUCCACGCACCACCUCACCACCCGUGUGGUGCAGCUAGUAAAGGAGCUCAAGAAGUGCAUGAUCCUGUUCAUUCAUCUCAACCCUGAGAACUUUGCCAAGGUCCGGGAAGUUGCUGAGGCUGCAUGCCCGCCAGCCUACACCGCUGUCCGGAUGAUCAAGGAGGUGGUGUCUGCGCUGGAGCUGACACUGGAGAAGAAGCAUGCGAUCGUGCAGAAGUGGAAGUGGCUGAGGAGUGAGCAGCAGCGUGUGGAGGCCGAGACCAAGGCUGUGAACGCGAAGUUCAAUACACAUCUGCCCACACAGACUGUGUCGCCGCCGAUCUCGGAGGAGUACCUGUGCAACCACCAGCACGUGGAGAAGAUUGGGGUUCUGCUGAAGCAGUGGCAUGCUGCCAAGAUGCAGUACAUCCACUACAUUAUAUGCGAGGUCCUGACACCUCUGCAGCUUGGCCGACUGAUCUCUGUGUGCUUCCCCAUGAUGCCCAACACUUUAAACCUUGGUGAAAUAUUGGCCACAGAGCUAGGGGAGAACCCCAACCAGCCUUCUUUGCCACCCCCUGAACCCUCGUCCCCACAGUGGAUAGAGGACCCCAGUGACCUCAGCGCAGAGAUGUUGGGAGGACAGAAUGCAUCCGAUCUGGGACCAGGGCACUGCAGCUCAGAACUGAUGAACUCAUCCCCUAUCUGUGACGAUCUUGGCCAUCGGAUCGUGCAACCAGGUAGCUGA